GUCGAAUUAGACAGCUAAGAUGGCGGAAAGAACCGUGAGCGUAUUCCAACCACAAACAAAACCUAUAAAAGUUGUUAAAUUGAAAGUAAAGAUAGGUACAGUGGUCUCAAUUGGUUAUCCGCUAUUAAUUUAUAGUUCUGAGGGAGGUAAAAAGGAAGAACGCAAACUAAAAUCAACACAAGCGGGAACUGUGCAUCUGAUUUUGGUAAAGGAGGGUCAGGUUGUCCAACCGGGUGAGAUCUUAGUAGAACUUAAAGCAUGUUCUCAUCCUACAAUAAUGAACGAUAUGUGUGCAGAGUGUGGGGCAGAUUUAAGAAAAAACGACAGUGUAAGUACUGCUUCAGUUCCAAUGAUUCAUGCCAUACCCGACCUGAAGGUCAGUGAAGAACUAGCACUAAAAUUAGGAAAAGCUGAUAAUGAACGUCUGCUCAAAGAUAGAAAAUUGGUUCUUCUGGUGGAUCUGGAUCAAACGUUAAUCCACACGACCAAUGAUAAUAUACCUCCAAACAUUAAGGAUGUGUAUCAUUUUCAAUUACAUGGACCCAACUCACCCUGGUAUCACACAAGAUUAAGGCCUGGAACGCACAGAUUUUUAAACAAUAUUCAUGAUUAUUAUGAGCUGCACAUUUGUACUUUUGGAGCAAGGAAUUAUGCUCAUACCAUAGCUAUGUUUUUAGAUGCUGAUCAGAAUUUUUUUUCAAAUAGGAUUUUAUCUAGAGAUGAAUGUUUCGAUCCAACCAGUAAAAAGGCAAAUUUGAAAGCACUGUUUCCAUGUGGAGACAACAUGGUAUGCAUCAUAGAUGAUAGGGAAGAUGUUUGGUCACAUGCAACAAACCUUAUCCAUGUCAAACCUUACCAUUUCUUCCAACAUACAGGCGACAUAAAUGCACCUCCAGGUUUAGAUAAACACGAGAAUGAUAAGCUAGAUAAAGGGUUCGAUUUAACAAAUAUUAACAGUAAGACUAAAGAUGUAGAAAUUACUGAAGAACAAAAAAGUGAUAAACCAGAUAAGGAAGUUAAGGAAACACUUAAUAAUGAUGGCGAAGAAGAGGGCAAAGGUGAUAAAAUAGAGACCCUUAAUGAAGACAGCGGAACAAAUAAUAAUGAAGAAGAUAAAAUCGAAAAAGAUCUCAGCAAUUCCGAUAAAAGUGAUAAAACCAAUAUUUCCGAAGAACUACCAGUCACAAACAAUGAAAACCAAGAAGUAUCCGAAGAUAAACCUUUAACGGAAACCAAAAAAUCAACGGAAAACAAAAAACCAAAGGAAAUCGAAAAACCAAUGGAGAUCGAAAAACCAAUGGAGAAUGAAAAACCAGUGGAGAUUGAAAAACCAGUGGAGAUUGAAAAACCAAUAGAAAAUUCCGCAGAAGCUGUCAACGAAAAAGUUCCGAUCGACCAGAAAAAUAGUACCCUGGAACAAAAGAGGCCGGAAGACGAUCUAAUAGAAAUUGACGAUCCGGACGAUUACUUGAUAUACUUGGAAGAAAUCCUAAAACAAAUCCAUGACGAAUUCUAUAAUGAAUACGAUCAUUUGGAAUCCGGAGAAGUACCGGAUCUCAAACAAGUCAUUCCGAAGGUUCGCAGCAACGUACUGAUGGGGUGCAACUUAGUUUUUAGUGGAUUAGUACCGACACACGUGAAGUUGGAACAAUCCAAAGCCUUCCAGGUGGCGAGGGGCCUCGGGGCUUAUAUCACUCCGAAUAUCGAAGAUGAUACGACGCAUUUGGUGGCUGUCAGGCCAGGUACGGCGAAAGUUAAUUCAGGUAGAAGAAAAAAGAAGUUAAAAAUCGUUACCCCCGAUUGGUUGUGGUGUUGCGCUGAACGAUGGGAACACGUGGAUGAAAGGAUUUUUCCAUUGAACAGCAAAGGAUCAAAAAAUCGUCAUCCCCCGCCUCAUUGCAGUAGUCCAGAACAUAAUAUCAGUUAUCCAGAGCAUGGGAUGCCCGAAAUGAGAAAAAGGACACCUAGCGGGAAGUUUAUGGAUACCAUCAAUCCUUUAAUGUCGUUUUCCAGCGAUGAUAUUGCUGAUAUGGACAAAGAGGUGGAAGAUAUCCUAGAUGACGAAAGCGAUAGCAGUGAAGACGAAGCGACCAAAAAAGACCGUUCCGAUGCCAAAAACGUCCCGGAUCUCGCCAGAAACGCGUUGACCGAGAGCAGCAGUAGUAGUGAGGACUCGCUCACGGCCGAAUACCCACGAGGAUACAAGAGAAAGAAAUGCUUCCAGCCGUACGACCAGGAUUUCCAGGAUUUUAACAGCAACAGUGAGGGCGAAGACGAAUCGCCCAGCGUGAAAUUUAGACGAGGCGAAUGCGUCGAUGACAUGUUGGAUUACGAUCAGGAAGACACUCAGGGUAGCAUGGAUCCGCCGGACGAGGUCGAUGAUGGGGAGUGGAAUAUGAUGGGGGCGGCGCUUGAAAGGGAGUUUCUGUCUAACAAUUGAACUUUUUCUUGAAAUUUACCCUUGUUACAAUGUUUAAAUUAAAUUUAAUCGUUUUCCAACUUACCAAUUGAUAAUCUACCCCAAGCGAACGGUGAAACUUUUUGUAUAGUCAGUUUGGCUUUUGGAAAUGAUCGAGUGUAGUACCAAGUGAGGUUGGUUGUAAAGUGUAUGCUUUAGUCGCCAUUUUGAUAGACGUUUUAUUUCUUUCGACUUUGACUUUUUUCCAAAGGAGUAAAAAUUUGAAAUUUGGCAUAAGUUACUUAAUUUAUUUUUAGUUUUCGAUCGACGUCCCUAUCAAUUAAAUUUUAUCUAUUUUUUUUUCAAACGAAUGAAUUUCCACUCUUCAAUUAGAUAUUCUAUAUUUAUCUGAUAGAUCAUUAUUAAGAAGUGGCAAUUCUACAAUUUGUAAAUAUUUUUGGCUAAUUUUUAGUUAAAUCUAACACAAUGUAAACUUUUUCCAAUAAAACAAAAGAUUACAAGUAAUAGCAUACAUUAUUUUCGGCUAUCGAAUGCUUUCCAAUACGGUUUGCACAAGUACAUGGCUAACAAGAAACGAAUAAUAUCUAAAGCUAAUAGUUUUCACAUGCACUUGUGCAAAACAUUGGAAAACAUUCAGUGGUUGACACUGUAUAUCACUCCACUAAAAUCCGAUGUGCACUGUAGUGUACAAGUAUUUCAAACAUCCAUAUAAAAAGAAUAACAAAUAUUCGGCUUCAUGGCAACAUAUAAUUUUAGCAACAUUCUAUUAUCAUUAUCUAUUUUCAGUAAAUUACAUAGGUGACUAGAGAUAUCUACAAGACAAAUUUCUUACUUUCCAGAUGCCUCAGACAGAAUACUUCUUAAUUUUAUAUAUUAUGAAAUUCUAGUGCACCAUGUUAGUUAUUUAGAUUCUGUUGUGUACCUAGCUAGUAGUGUACAUUAGAAGUCAGUGGUUAAAACUGGGUGUCAUUUUAUACAAAGUGGGUAACUCAGAACAGUCCAUCUUGUUAUUUUGGCAGAAUUAAUUGGAUUUUAAGUAAUUGCUGAAAAAUAUCGUUUUUAUUUUACAAUACAGACAUCGGUCAUGUGUAAACCCUCUCCCUCCCACUUCUCUAACUCCUUAUUUUUAAAUAGGGAAAAUAUACCAUGUGUGGCAUAUAAUAAGGAAGGUAUUGCAAUGGACUAUUCAGGCAUAUAAUCUAUGAUUUUUUUUUCGAUAUGGAUUCCAUGUUUGUAAAAGUUUUAAUUUAAUUAUAGUGUACUACCUCUAUAAAAUUAAACGCAACGCCUAUGUUUGGCUAAUUGGUUUGACAAAUUCGUUUUCUUGCUGACAUGGAAAAAAUUUAACCUAUUAUCUAAUUAAUGACAAACAAUCCCGAUUCUAGACGUUUAUUCGGACUUCCGAUUCUGACACCCUGGUGUCAACAUUGAAAUGGCGGUCUCAGAAUCGAGAGUCUCAUGUAUAUGUGUUUUUGAAAAAGAUCUUUAAUAAGAAUGGCCACCGAAAAGUGAAUUUUGUCUUAAUGUGAUUAGUUAUUUUAUAAAAAGAAUAGUGUAAUAAUAUUUUUGAAUUUGAUGAAUUUAAAUUGUCACAUGGUGUGAUGGUAAAUGUAUUUUGACUUUAUCAAGUUUUAAGGGUGCUUUAUUGCCAAGACAAGACAAGCAUUCUUCCAAUAAGCUAAUUUACCUGCUCUGACUAAAUACCGUUAUGGUGGAGGUCAUUAAACUAAAAUAAGAAUAAGAAGAAGACGUGUAUUCGGACUAUAGGCUUGACAAAAUAAGCGAUACGCCACCUACCGUUUUAAUUUGAAACCUUCCAGUGGGCCAUUAAUGUUUUGUUUACUCAUGUGAUUUAAGCAUAAUAUAGGUUAAUCUUACGGUUUCUGUUUGUAUAUGGUGUUUUAAAGACGUUUAAUUGAUAAAAUUAUUGUUUAUUUUAUCAAAAUGAACCAUCACUGUUGUGUUCCCAUGUGUUCCUCUUGGGUAAAACUAAAUAAAGAACUUAGUUUUCAUACAUUUCCCAAAAAAAGACAACAUGUUUUGGUAGAAACAAAAUUAGGGAAACGAGAAGCUGUUGAUCGGAGGGAGGAAUGGAUAAGAAAAUUAAAAAUUGGAAAGCCUGUGAGUCCGUACAUGAGAGUAUGUUCAUUGCAUUUCUCUGAAAACGAUUAUUUUUAUAGAGGUUAGUAUUUAGUCGUUUUUUGUGUUUCCGUAUUAAUAGUUUUUGUUUGUAGAGGACAGCUCUAAAUUACAUAGAUUAAAAUUUAAUGCAGUACCGUCUAGGAAGUUACCUAUGGAAGAUAAAAUAGUAUUAUGUAUUUAGGUUAUGGGUUAAUGUAAUAUAAGGUAAACAUACCUUUGCUAAAUAAAUACACUGCCACUAUCUAUAAAAAUGUUUAAUUAAUACAUAUAUAACCAACACUAAAACUAACAAAAUCCUUUACACACUUUAAAAAGGAAAAAUUCAACACCUAAUCUUACGAAAAACCUAUGGCAUGUCAUAUGAAAACAAACUAUAAAUGGCCCAGCGGAGGACGAAAAAGUGACCGGUAGAGGCGCUGGAGUCUAAGCUUUUUUCGCCUAUAGAUGCUUACCCAACAUUAGAUAUCCUGAUUAUAGACGCUAAUCCUGAUUUUUGACCUAUCCUUACUUUUCGCAAUAUCUGCCACAAAAAAAAACAAUAUAUAUUUUAUUAAUGUAAUUCCUAAUUAUUAUUUCCAAUGUUUUAAUGUCCAGAUAUAUGUUUAAUAUAAUAUUUUUUAAUCACACAAGUUUUAUGUAAACAACUUCUUGUGAUAUUUUUUUGUUUAUAUACCUCUAUUUAUAAUUUUAUUAAAAAAAAUAAUUUUAUUAUGGUAAAUAAACUGUUUUAUUAUUAUUAAAUAUAGACAUUGCGUUUAAUUAAUUUAAAACUAUUUUAAAAAACAUGCCUGAAUAAUAAUAGAUUAACAGUGGAAGUGAUGUUGGCAGCAUGAAUAUUAUAUUUUUUGUCAAUGAAUAGCUACAUCUCCUGUUAUAUCUUAGUUCAUCGCAAUACCUUUGUAAUGAUGUGCCCCACAUGGUAUAGUCCCAAUUUAAAAUUAAGGGUUGGAAAAGUGGAAGGAAGGGGGUUGAUACAUGACAGAUGUCUGUGUUUUGAAAAUGUGUUUGGAAUAAAAAUUGACCAGUUUUAGCAUUUUCUUAAAAUUAAUUAGUACUGUCAAAUAAAAGGUUGGACUCUGUUUUGAAUGGUCCACUCUGCAUUUACAAGCUUGUACACCAUAGUGUAAGCCAGGACCGAACAGGUUAUGUCAAGCAGGAUGUUUGGAUUUUUGCCACAUACUUUGAUUUUCUCUUACUAUACGGAGAAUGGUCGCACUGCGCAGCUUUCUGAGUGCCUUUUAAAAGGAGAUAGAAAACUCCGCCAUUUUGAACCCUUAUUACGUGUUGCCUACAUCUUGGCGCAAUGUUUUUAAUAUUUUGCUUGCUGCUGUCAGUGUCAGUGAAUAGUAUUUUUGGAGUAACAGUUUAUUGCUAAAGAAUCGGUUAGCUCACUCGGACCAGUUGAAAGUUCCAAAAUAACAUGCACUCCAGGGAUACAAAUUCAGGAUUCGUAGAAGACUGCUCUUUUAUUAUAGGCGGUUGUCAUAUAUUGUAUUAUCCGAGUUGCGCAGUGUAUAAACUGGAACAUUGAGAUCAAAAAUGCCGACGCAGAGUGAGCGAACUGAUUCUUUAGCUAUAAACUGUGGCAAAGGCAUCAAAAUGGCCGCGCCCUAUGUUGGGCGUGUCGGCCCCACAUACUUUGAUUUUCUCUUACUAUACGGAGAAUGGUCGCACUGCGCAGCUUUCUAAGUGCCUUUUAAAAGGAGAUAGAAAACUCCGCCAUUUUGAUUCCUUAUUACGUGUUGUCUACAUCUUGGCGCAAUAUUUUUAAUAGGUGCGUUUUAAUCAUCGGCUUCUGCUUCGGAAUUGUCGGUUUUCUUGUUUUAAUCUGACAGGCUAAAACGACUAAACCGACAAUUCCGGAAGCAGAAGUGGAUGAUUAAAACGCACCUGAUAUUUUGCUUGCUGCUGUCAGUGUCAGUGAAUAAUAGGUCUUUUCCUUUGCAUCGAAAGUGUAGCACUGAGCUACACCGCUUCUGAAAAUAUCGUUCCAUUUAUACAAAUUGUAUGGAUGGAACGACAUUUUCAGAAGUAACGUAGCUCAGUGCUACACUGUCGAUGCAAAGGAAAAGACCUAUUAUUUUUGGAGUCACAGUUUAUUGCUAAAGAAUCAGUUAGCUCACUUGGACCAGUUGAAUGUUCCAAAAUAACAUCCACUCCAGGGAUACAAAUUCAGGAUGCGCAGAAGACUGCUGUUUGAAUAUAGACGGUUGUCAUAAUUGUAUUAACCGAGUUGCGCAGUGUAUAAACUGGAACAUUGAGAUCAAAAGUGCCGACGCAGAGUGAUCGAUCUGAUUCUUUAGCUAUAAACUGUGUCAUAGGGUUCAAAAUGGCCGCGCCCUAUGUUGGGCGUGUCGGACCUCUCUUUUGCACCGUAUAGUAAUCAAAGGCUGAGUUCGGAUUGGCGUUCGCUGUACUCAGAGUGCACUCGGUAUGCCUCAAUUGUGGUCGUCUUGGCACUCGGAGCGUACUCUUUUGUGUUCGGCUUGCCACAGAUCACGUACUCGGAGCGCGCUCACUCUUCCCCGAGUUGGCCGAUGGCGAUCAGCGGGUGUCCUGCAGGAAUGUGUCAAAAAUGUCAAAUGUCAAUAUUCUGAUCGGCGAUUAAUCAGUUUUACACGUAUUAUUUCUUGUUUGUUUUUGUUAUAACUAUUUCUUGUUUGAUUAAAAUUACUUUUUACAGUCCAUACACCACAUACUUUGAUUUUCUUUUACUAUACGGAGAAUGGUCGCACUGUGCAGCUUUCUGAGUGCCUUUUAAAAGGAGAUAGAAAACUCCGCCAUUUUGAACCCUUAU